AUGUACAAGUCUAUCGUUGAUAAUGCCAAUUCAAGUAUCACUCAUAGAGUAACGCGGAUUAGAUUCCCAUUAUCUGUUCUACUCCUUAUCGCUGUCGUUCUUGGUUUGCAGCUUAUCGUUCUCCCUCGAUACAUAUACCAAUUAUCUCCAGCAGCUACAAAGCUUUCAGAUCAUUACAUAUCUCAGCUUGAAGUGGGAUAUUCUAAAUGUCUAGAUCUACACACAUUGCCCAAAGAAUACUCUCACUCGGAAACCACGUCACGAAAGAAUCCUCGCUGGAACUCUAUUCGUGGUCAAAAUCAGACCAUAGUCUUGAAGAAUGCAACUCUAUUCGAUGGGAAAGCUCUUCUUAGUGAUUUCGUGGAUAUAACGUUCGAGAAUGGGCUCAUCAAGUCCGUAUCAACAGCUACUAAAUCUAUCAAUUAUGAUCCCAAUGUUCAAAUUGUCGACCUCGAAGGUAAAUAUGUUACACCAGGUCUGGUCGACAUGCAUUCACAUCAUUUCUUGCACGCUUGGCCUGAACUCUCUGUUACAGGCGAUGAGAAUGAGGUCCAUAUGGGUCCUCUUACCCCAUUCGUUCGUGCAAUUGAUUCUAUCAAGACGGAUGACAAGGCCACUGCUAUAAUCGCUUCAGGCGGUGUCACAACUUCCCUUCUCAUCCCUGGCUCGGCAAACAUUAUAGGUGGUGAAGGGAUUCUUGUCAAAAACUUCGUUCCUGGUGGUGAAACUGGCGAAGAAGUAGUUGAAGAAGUCUUAUUUGAACAUGGUGUACCCAUUGAGGAGAGGAGGCGAUACAUGAAGAUGGCAUGCGGCGAGAAUCCUACAAGUGUCUAUGAUCAUACCCGAAUGGGUAAUGCUUGGUUGUUUCGAAAGCAAAUGACACGAGGAAAGGAGCUAAUUGAAAAGCAAGAUUCUUGGUGCUUAUCAGCUUCUGCGGCUCUGGAAAGUAGAGAUUCUGCCACCAUUUCAGCCUUCAUGAAGAACGGUGGUUUACCAGAAGAAUUAGAAUUAGAAUCUACGGUAGCAUUAUUGCGAGGUAAAGUUGGAGUCAACAUACAUUGUUAUGAACCUGAGGACCUUGAAGACAUGAUUCAUCAUAGUAAGGAGUUUGGAUUUCGAAUUCAAGCAUUUCACCACGCCCUUUCAGCCUGGAAAGUGCCCGAGUUGAUCAAGAGCAGUGGAGAGAAUAUAACCAUUGCGACCUUCUCCGAAUUUGGAUUUUACAAAAAGGAAGCUUACGAUGCCAACUUAUGGGGUGGGAGUAUUCUAGCUGAGAGUGGGGUUCCUGUUGCAUACAAAUCCGUCAGAUGCCCUUCUCUUAUGACAUAUACUAAAGCUAACAUUUCAAAGGAUCACGUUUUCGAGAUAACUAAUGCACAAUACUUAAUGUUCCAAGCCGCGACUGCACAUUCUUUCAAUCUUUCCGAAGCUCUUGCUUUGCAAUCUGUAACUAGUGUGCCUGCAAAAUCGUUAGGAAUUGACUACCGGGUUGGAUAUGCACGUCCUGGUUAUGAUGCAGACCUUGUAGUGUGGGAUUCCCAUCCGCUUCUCGCUGGAUCCACACCUUUACAGGUUUACAUUGAUGGAAAAGCUACUCUGGACCCUGUCAAAGUGGCGGAAAAUACAGCUGAACAUUCUAUCGAACGCACUUCAAUAAAACCAAGAUCGCGAACUACUCAGAUAUCGAAACAAAGUUCAUGUAGCAAAUUAGACAACUUGGAUCAGAUUAUUGCUGUCACUGGAAUUAAACAAAGUUAUUUGACGCCACAUCAGGAUGUCUCAUCAGAAGCGAGUAACUUCACGAUGGUUUUGGAUGGUGGAAAAGUUGUCUGUCUAGGCUUGGAGCAAGAAUGUGCUACUUUACUCCGUAAAGACACGACUAUCAUUGAGCUCGAGGAAGGUGUUGUAAUGCCAGGGCUCACUGCAUACUCACCCAGUCUAGGCUUGGCAGAAAUUCUCGCAGCUUCUGAAACCUCAGAUGGCUCUCUUGACAAAAGUCUGGCUCUGUUGGAGCCAGAUAAUAUUAUCCACGCCAAGUACGGGAUCCAUCUCGAUGGACGUGGAUUUUCUAGGGCAAGACUUGGUGGUGUUACCCAAGUAAUCACUACACCAAUUUCUGAGACAUUCUUUGGUGGUGUGAGUACGGGUAUCAAAACUAAUGGUAAACACAACAUCCUCGAUGGCGGCAUCUUCCAGGACGAUGUUGCUUUACACUUUUCAAUUGGUCAGAUGGCCAAACAAUUCGAGUCCAUACCCACGGUAUCCUCCGCCAUAGCAAAAUUGCAACAUGUUUUGAUCAAGAAUAUUGGCAAGGAUAACGUGUUUGGCACUGUUGCAAAUGGAUCAUUUCCAUUAGUGGUACAUGUGGAUAAUGAAUACGAUAUUCUCCAGCUCAUCAAACUAAAGAACAACCAUCCAUUGCCCCUCAACCUUGUUCUUCUAGGCGGAGCGGGCGCUCAUCUCGUAGCUGAAGAAAUUGCAAAAUCCAAAACACCCCUCAUCCUGACCCGAAAUCGCGGUGCGCCGGAUACAUACGAAAAGCGCAACGCACUCUCUGGUCCUCCGCUAACACGUUCUCCUGCUGCGGUUCUUACAGACGCAGGUGUGUUUUUCGCAUUGGCAAUUGAAGGCGAAGGCAGCGAAUCACAUAUUCACAACCUCGCGAUUGAAGCGGGUUGGGCAGCUAAAUACUCCAGCCUCACAAAACGUGAAGCUGUGGACUUGGUUUCUCGUAAUAUUGAGAAAAUUCUAGAUCUGAAAGUUGCAGAAGGAACUAGAGAUUUCGUGAUUUGGGAGGGGGAUCCACUACAAUUGGGGGCAAGUGUUGUAUUUAGUAUGGAAGGCGGAAAGUUGGGAACAUGCUUGCCCUUGUCGAAUUGA